AUGAGAUCUAAAAUUGAGGAAUUCCUUAACAGAUGUCAGUCAUUUUUGAUCGAGCUGAGUAACCAAUUUCUGCAAAGACUGCCUGUACAAGAUAAUUUUUUGAAGGAUUUGUCGUUCGUCAAUCCCCAAAAUGCAGUGUAUGGUGAAUUUCGAACUCUGAUAAGAAUACUCAAAAGGUUUCCUAACAUAGUUGCAACAGAAAACAAGCAAAUUGUUAACAAUGAAUAUAUGGAAUUAAAAUUAGAUGUUUCCGUGUCUAAUGUAUUGUCAACUUCUAGUUCGACGUCUGAAACUUUUAUGGUGGAUAAAUUUUGGAGUGAAGUCAGCCAAAUCUGUAAUGCUAAUAGCAAACCAAAGUAUAGCAAUUUGUCCCGAUUUGUGAAGCAAAUGAUGAUACCACCUUUGUCAAACGCCAAAGUAGAAAGAAUAUUUUCCGAUAUUAAUAGGAUUAAAAAUCAAGAUUGA